UUGGUGGACAAUCAUUGAAUUAUAAUGACACUUUUGGAAAAAAAGUCAGACCCAAGAUUGGAUCCAAGAGUACCGCUUCUAACUCGUAUAAAAUUUCCAAGAAUAUGGGUCCGAAUUCCUGGUUUCAGAGUGGAGGAUCUUCAAGAAGACAGAUUUGAUGAAGCACUUGAGCAUAUUAAGAACUGUUACUUGAUGGACGACCCCCUGUGCAGGACUACCAACAUUCUGAAAGAUGAAGAGUCGAUUGACAACUAUUUGAAGUUGAUACGUUGGUGGAUGCAGGACACUCAAUCUCUAAUCGCCAUCAAUGAGGAAACUGGAGAGAUUGUCGGAACACUGGUUGAAAGAGUACUCGAUCUCUAUCUGAUGAAAACAUUUAGCAACGUUAUGAACUAUCGAGGCGAGAGUCUAUGCAAAAUACAAAAGUUCAGGAUUCACAUGAAUAAAUCAGUGGAUCUGAAUAAAAUUUUCAGAGUGAAUAAUUAUACUCAGAUUUAUGUUUGGUCAGUGAAUUCAAAAUACCGCAACCUUGGAGUUCCUGAAGCCCUCCUCCAAGCAAGCAUCCUACAAACCAAAUCGUUCAAGCUGAGAAUCGUCUCGAUUGUGGUCACAGACUAUUCGGACCAGGCGAUAGCUCUGGACGAAGGAUUCCAGUGCAUGUUCGAGUUCCCUUACAACAAAUGGGAGAGAGACACUAAACUGAAAUUCGACAACGCGGAGAGUGAAUGCAAGUCAGCCAUGUUGAUGGUCAUGAACAUUAGCACAAAUCCCAAAUACAGGAAUAAGCAUCUGCAAGAAGUUAAAGAGAGACUUCGAGAGGCCGUUUUCAAAAAGACCAAACUGGCCAAAUUGAGAUAGAACAUCUGAAAUGUAAGAGGUAAUAAAAAACUGAUAUGUUUCAAAAGUGGCAAAAUUAGGAUAAAAGAUAGAACAUUUAAAAAGAAGAGACAAUAAAAAACUGACAUGUUUUAAAAUGGCAAAAUUAAUAUAAAAGAAAGAACAUUUAAAAAGAAGAGACAAUAAAAAACUGACAUGUUUUAAAAUGGCAAAAUUAAGAUAAAAGUUAGAACAUUUGAAAAGAAGAGACACUAAGUGUCGGUUACACAAAAUCCGGUUGAAUUUUAAUCGUGAUUAAUUUCACGAUUAAAAUUCAACAAGCUUUUGUGCAAUUAACCGGACCUAAAAAUUGGACUUAUUAUAUCUGCAGUGACAAGUUUCAAAACGUUGUCACAAUUUGUGGGUCAAUGGGAUGGGUUAGAUUGUCAAUUAUUUGAAUCUCCAAUUUCAUGUUUUCUCUAUUUUACUUACCUCUAAGGCUCAACUCAAACUUACGCAACUCAGGUCGAAAAGAGACUCGACCCUAGUCGAGAGCAAGUUUUUCCAAAUGGUGACACUCAGACCAGUCGAUUCUAGUCUCCGUGACUGUCACCAUUCGAAAACACAUGCUCUCGACUAGAGUCGAGUCUCUUCUUGACUUGAGUCGCGCAAGUGUGAGUUGAGCCUUACCCUCUCUAUUGAUUAAUACUCAACAUCUACUCUACUGAAACUUUACAAUGUAACUUAAUUAUUAAGAAUUAUGAUACAGGGAAUCACUAUUACAAUCAGGAACUAUAUCACAUUAUCCUAAUGAAACUGUACAAUAGAAAUAGGACACAGGAAAUCAUGACUCUAAAAUAUUUUUGAAUGUCUUUAAAGUUUGUUAUAUCAAAAGAUUUCAGCUUGGGAUCUACAUUGAUUUAUACUCUACUGUACUGAGACUAUAUCUACUAUACUGAGGUUAUAUCUAUUCUACUAAAACUACACGAUAAAAUUAUAAGGAAUAAGGAUACAGAGAAUAAUUUAUUAUGAUCAGGAACCAUAUCACAUUAUUCUACUGGAACUGUACAAUAGAAAUAAGUCACAGG